AAUGGAUGAUGUGCCCUUCUUUGAUAUCCAACUGCCUUAUGAACUGGCAAUCAAUAUAUUUCAGUAUCUGGACAGGAAAGAACUAGGAAGGUGCGCACAGGUGAGCAAGACGUGGAAGGUGAUUGCAGAAGACGAAGUGCUCUGGUACAGGCUGUGCCAGCAGGAAGGGCACCUUCCCGAGAGCAGCAUCUCUGAUUAUUCUUGCUGGAAGCUCAUCUUCCAAGAGUGCCGAGCCAAGGAACACAUGUUAAGAACCAACUGGAAGAAUCGCAAAGGUGCCGUGAGUGAACUGGAACACAUCCCUGACGCGGUUUUGUGCGAUGUGCACUCCCAUGAUGGCGUUGUUGUUGCUGGAUAUACAUCAGGGGACGUGAGGGUGUGGGACACCCGCACCUGGGACUACACAGCCCCUUUCCUGGAAUCAGAGUAUGAGGAGGACGAGCCUGGAAUGCAGCCAUAUGUCUCCUUUGUGAGGAUAAACAGCUCGCUGGCGGUAGCCGCUUAUGAGGAUGGAUUUCUUAACAUUUGGGAUCUAAGGACUGGAAAGUAUCCUGUCCAUCGUUUUGAGCACGACGCAAGAAUACAGGCACUAGCCCUCAGCCGGGAAGACGCAAUUGUGGCCACAGCUUCUGCUUUUGAUGUUGUGAUGUUACGCCCGAGUGAGGAGGGAUAUUGGCAAAUCACUGCCGAAUUUGAAGUUCAGAAACUGGUUGACUACCUUGAAAUAGUUCCAGAUACUGGAAGGUACCCUGUGGCAGUGGCCACGGCUGGAGAUCUGGUAUACCUGCUAAAAGCCGAAGACUCUGCCAGAACCCUCCAUUAUGUCUACGGCCAGCCCGUCACGUGUCUGGAUGUCUCAGCCAGCCAGGCUGCUUUCGGUGUGAAGAGUCUAGGAUGGGUAUACGAAGGAAACAAGAUCCUGGUGUACAGCCUGGAAGCAGAACGCUGCCUCUCAAAGCUGGGCAACGCACUUGGUGAUUUCACUUGCGUCAACCUCAGGGACAGCCCUCCCAACCUCAUGGUCAGUGGCAACAUGGACAGGAGGGUGAGGAUCCACGACCUCCGCACUGACAAAAUCGCCCUGUCGCUGUCUGCCCACCAACUGGGAGUCUCUGCAGUGCAGAUGGACGACUGGAAAAUCGUCAGCGGAGGCGAGGAAGGCCUGGUCUCCGUGUGGGAUUAUCGGAUGAGCCAGAAGCUGUGGGAAGUGCACUCCAGGCACCCCGUUCGUCACCUGUCCUUCACCAGCCACAGCCUCAUCACGGCCAACGUGCCCUACGAGAGGGUGGUGCGCAACACGGACCUGGACAACUUCACCGCUCACAGGAGGCACCGCGGGCUGAUCCACGCCUACGAGUUUGCCGUGGACCGGCUGGCCUUCCAGAGCGCGCUUCCCGUCUGCCGAGCGGCCGGCGACACGGCGCCGACCUACAGCUACGACCUUGCGCUCGCCUUUCCCUAGGACCGUGGUUAGGGGAGCGCCUCAUGGGGGAGCAGGGGGACAGAUGGGAGGAACCCAAGCAGAUGUUUAAAACUACUGCGGAGCUCUGCCCCAGAUUUUAAAGGGUUGGGCUGGGGGAAGAAAGCCCAGGGCGCACCUUUCGGACCCCACAGGUUCCUGAACUGCCUGCGGGCCGGACGGUGGCGUUGUUUUCUCUCUCUGGACACUGUGCCACUUCCUCCUGCAUCUGCUGCCCUGGCGACGGGGUGGGUCUCCCCCUGCCGUCUCUCGCCACCUUUCCAGUCUUCAAGCCCUUUGCUCUCAGAUCACACAUAACACCCCCCCCCCGCCAGUGCAAACCUAGGCUAGCAGUACUGUCUUCUCAUAGUUUUUACCACAAUUUAUUUAUACACUUAUUGCAUUAAGGACUGUUUACUUUGUGUCACAUGUUGUGGACACCACAGAUUAUUUUCUACCUAUCGGCUGCAUAAACAGUUAUCCUCCACCUAGGCUGGAAGAGCUGGGGAAGAGACCUUUAUCCUCCACCACUGGGCUAAAGCAGGGCAGCACCGGGGAACUCUUCCAAAAGAUGAAGAGGGCAAACCACUGCAUGACUGUUCUGAGCAGCGGCCACUAGUACCCCUUCAAAAUAUGAAAGUCAUGCUCCUCGGCGGUGGUCAACACAUGAAGGAUUCAGAGGAUCUACUUAAUAGAAUUUACAAGCAUGAUCCAAUAGUUUUGUGCCUUUUUAAAUAUCCACAGACCACUCACAGAAAAUGGCUGUCUGAAGACCACAAAGACACAUCCAGGCCCAAGUCAGUGACCCGAUGCAAUAAAAUUAGAUAAUGUGAACCCUCUGGGCCAUGAAAACACUGAAUAUCAAAACCCCAGGGGUGAGGCCAGAGUGGACAAAGUGAGGCUUGAAUAGAAAAUAAAUGGCUAGCUGUCACCUCAAACAGUGACCCCUCAAGGAAGGAAUUAAAGAAGGGUUAAAAACACCCAUUGAUGGAAUAGAAAACCAACAAAUCGCAAAGUUAAUCGUAACACCAAAACCCUAUGCUCGCCCCAUUUUACAAUGGACGAGCUUUUGGAAAGCCAAAAUACACUGUUUUUUUUAGUGAGUAGAGGGGCGAGUGGGAGAAUCCUAAGCAGACUCCCCGCUGAGCACAGGGCUCAAUCCCACAACCCCAAGAUCAAGAGCAGGACGCCCAACCGACUGAGCCACCCAGGCGCCUCCAAAAUACACACCUCUUGAUACAGAAAAGCACAAGGGGCUGUGAGAAACCGAAAAGGAGGUAAUUAUGCACACAGGAUUUUCAGGGUGGGGAUGAUCUACCCACAUGAAUCCGAGAGAAAAACGAAGCUCUCCUACUGUACACGAGUGUAUAAAAUUAGAAGGAAGUAUUUUCAGAGUGCUUCAGAUAUUCCAUGAUUACAAACCGCCGUGCAACUCGAUAGGACAGUGGACCCAGAGAAAGAGCCGCACCUGGGAAUCAUCCCUUGCUUUCAGACGGCCUUCUGCUUCCUUUCAACCAAAUUACUUCCGAAAUGAAGCUGGUCUGCAGUUAGCAGAUGAAGUAUUUUGUUUACUCCUGUUGUCAUGUGGUGCUCUGACCCCCUCGUGACCUCGCUCUGUAAGGUUUUUCAUCUCAUAGCCUUAGUGCAACUGGACCACUAAGUAAACACAUUUUUAAGAGGCUCUUCCAGUUUGAUUUCACUAUUUUCCCAGCUUUGCGGCCAUGAAAGGUCCUUGAAAACCCAGAAAAUUCUACCAAAACGAAAAAUAGUUUUAAACUAUUGUCAUUCGCUGCCAACAGUAGUCCAGUGUAAAAUGUCACGAUUAUAGGGGGUUUCUUUCCUCCCUGUUUAUAACCUCUCUCCUUAAGGAAAAUUGCCUGGUUUUGUGAAGGAGGGUCUAUCAGAUCCAGACUGAAUCCCAGAGUUUGCUGCUGCAAACUUUACACCGUGGAAGGUGGGGAAAGGACCAGAGUUCCUCUAGAAAUCAACAUUUACCCAGUGACUUAAAACCCUUUGGCCCACGCCCACCCCUUCUGCUCAUCCCACCUUACCUUCAUCCCCGUUGGCUAGUUUGAGGGAGUUUCUUUGCAAGUUCGGAGUUGUGAGCAGAUGUAUCAUGUCCUUUUCUUCUGUAGCUCUUCUGCUGCUCAGACGCUUCCCCCUCCGUCUCCCCUAAAGAGAGAAGAAACUCCUAUGUCACUGGGGGAGCCAGAGGGCCCAGCGCCGGAGCUCGUGGGUCUUAAAAUGUUGUCUGCCUUUUGCUUAUACUUUGUCUGUUGGUUCUAAUAAAUUUUUAAAAUCCA